CCUUCCAGCCCCCAGCCCACCAUGGUGCUGCCAGGCAACAUCCUGUUCCUGCUUUUGCUCCCAGUGGCUACAGCUCAGAUGACCCCAGGUUCCUGUUCCGGAUGUGGGCCCCUCUCUCUGCCACUCCUGGCAGGCCUUGUGGCUGCGGAUGCUGUUGUGUCACUGCUAAUUGUGGUGGUGGUGUUUGUGUGUGCUCGCCUACGCAGCAGGCCCACCCAAGAAGAUGACAAAAUCUACAUCAACAUGCCUGGCAGGGGUUGACUUCCCUGUAACUGCGAGUUUUGACUUCUGACCUUAUCCUGCAUGUGGGUGGUGGCAC